AUGCAGAAGAAUGCUCCUAGAGCAUAUUGGAUACUCCUGCCAGCAAGCAGAAUGCCUCUCAACAAGCGAUCCGCAGGUUCUACACCUCUUUCCACAAAGCGACCACGACUCCCAGUACUACCCGAAGAGCAUGAUGAUUCACAGACUGACGGGUCUGAAAUACCAUUCCGAGCAUUGACCGCACUGUCAACUAACACUCGGAGUAGUCAAUCGACCAGAACUCGGAGCGGUCAGUCGACCACCGCCCCAAUAGCGCGUAAAGGGCUUCUCCGUUCUACCGACACAUCGACUGGAAGAAGCAGCACUAGAAGGGUAGAAUUCCAUCUCCCCGAUGGCAAUACUGGCAGCGUUGAAGUGCAAGAGGUGGAGGAAACCGCCGAUACCAGCCACUCGGAGUACGAAGACUCCUCAGAGAACGCCCAGGAGAGCUCUGAAGAGAAUCUGGAUGACGUGGAAGAAGAAUCUCAAGCUUCCACCCAGCAGAGAUCCCAGAGUACGGGGAAGAGGCCUCGUACAGUACAGCCGACUACUGCCAGAGCACUGGGCAAUGCUCGGAGGAGACCAACCGGAGCGGUAGCGGAGGUUAUUGCUUCCUCCGACGUGUCGGUGGAUGUGGUACAGGUUCGACUCCAUCCCACUCAUUAA